AUGAAGCCAGAAGUCAUCAACACUACGGAGAAAAUCGGUGAAUUGUAUGCAAUCGUUGUUCGAAACGACCGCGAAAAGGCGACGCAUCUUCGCCCUGGUGUCGGACAGUUGACCGAAACGCUUACCCAGUCUCAUCCUCUUCUUGAGGAUUCCGUACUCAAGGCACACACGCUCAUCAUUGUGACCAAAGGCACGCUUGCUCAUCGCCAUGGCAAGACGGACGGCGGCCUUUCUGGUGUUGUUGCGUCUUCUUCUGCUCGGGCCAUGGAAGACACGCCUGCCUUUCUCCCUGAGUGCCUCGCUGGCCAUGUUGGCGUCGUUGUGAUCGACGAGGGUCACACCAAAGGUGGCCGCCACGUCAAUGCUUGGAAAGCUGCGCGCUGGCUCCAACCCAACUUUUGUGUCACGUUGACCGCCACUCCAGUCCCAUGGUCCCUUGAGAAGGCCUCGGGCAUUAUUUCCAUGUUGCAGGACGAAGCAGUGGACCGAGACGCCCAGCGGUUGUAUGCUUCAAAGACGCUACAAAACCCGUACGCGGAGCAGGUUACUGACCCUACCACCCUCCAAUACGGUGCGAUCCUAGCGGCCUUUGAGGGCUUCUUCAACCGAUACGACACCGUUCUUAACUUGGGUCGUGUUUUGAAGCUGUCACUAGGCCCAUACACGCUACGCAGCACGUACCAGUCAAGUUGCCAUAUAUACCCCUGUGGUGAUGUACAUCGGCUGGGGAACCUCAUGCCUCCUUCCUAUUUAAUGCGCAUCCACAUUGAAAACGGCCUACUGUCGCGCAAGGUGUGGGACAACGAGGUGGGGGACGUGUACUAG